AAAUAAAAAAUAAACAACUUAGAAGUGAUGAAAUAAAAAUAGACAACAAAGGUGUUAGAGACAACAAAGGUAUUAGAGAUGACGAAUAUGUUGAAAAUGGCAAAAAUGUUGAAGAUGAUGAAGGUAUUAGAGAUGACGAAGAUAUUAGAAAUAAUGAAGAU